CCGUCAAAAUCAGCAACAAAACUCCUCUCUCUCUCUCUCUCUCUCUCUAUAAAUAUCUCUCUCUCUAAACAUAUUUCCAACAGUACUGUCUUGAAGAUCCCAAAAAUUUACACUCUCUAGAUACUCUCUUACAGAAUCCUCCCAGCCUAGCUACAAAAAAAAAAAUGGCCAAUUGUAUGAGGGAGCUUUGUACUAUUAAUCACGAGGGAAAGAAGGUGAAGGACGUGGAGGAUCAGGAGUUCGACCGAGACUAUGGAUGUGGGAACGACGACACCGGUAGUACGAUUACGAUGGACGGAACGGUGGAUUGGAAAGGGAGGCCGGCGCUCAAAUCCAAAUCGGGGCAGUGGACUGCCGGAAUCAUCAUCCUUCUGAAUCAAGGGCUGGCUACCUUGGCCUUCUUCGGAGUUGGGGUGAACUUGGUGCUAUUUCUUACCAGAGUUCUGCAGCAGGACAACGCUGAAGCUGCUAACAAUGUCAGCAAAUGGACUGGAACCGUGUACAUAUUCUCCCUCGUUGGUGCUUUCCUCAGCGACUCCUACUGGGGAAGAUACAAGACUUGUGCCAUUUUUCAAGGCAUCUUCGUCAUGCUCUGUGUUUCCACAAACCAGGGUUUGGUGUUGCUGUCACUGUCAUCCUACCUCUUCCUGCUACGCCCAAAAGGCUGUGGGAGCGCCGAAACGCCAUGUGGAGUCCAUACCAACGUGGAAGUAGGGCUCUUCUACCUCUCGAUCUACCUCAUUGCCCUCGGAAAUGGAGGCUACCAGCCCAACAUUGCCACAUUCGGAGCAGAUCAGUUCGACGAGGAAGACCCCUUCGAAGGACACUCGAAAGUCGCCUUCUUCAGCUACUUCUACCUGGCCCUGAACCUGGGCUCCCUCUUCUCCAACACCAUCUUGGGUUACUUCGAGGACGAAGGCGUGUGGGCGCUCGGGUUCUGGGCGUCUGCUGGCUCUGCCUUCGCUGCCCUGGCCCUGUUCCUCGCGGGUUCGAGCAGGUAUCGACACUUCAAGCCCACGGGGAACCCACUGUCGCGGUUCUGUCAGGUGAUUGUGGCGUCCAUAAAGAAGUGCAAGUUUUCGCUGGGAGGAGAUGGCGAUGGCGGGUUGUAUGAUGUCGAUGCGAAAGACGGCUCUGGCAGUGGGAAUGGGAAUGGGAAUGGGAGGAAGAUCCUGCACACACAUGGAUUCAAGUUUCUGGACAGAGCGGCUUACAUUACAUCAAGAGACAUGGAUGAUCAGAAGAGAGGGUUCCGCAACCCGUGGAGGCUGUGCCCUGUAUCACAAGUAGAGGAAGUGAAAUGCAUACUGAGGCUGCUCCCAAUCUGGCUCUGCACCAUCAUCUACUCCGUCGUCUUCACGCAGAUGGCGUCUCUGUUCGUCGAGCAAGGCGCUGCGAUGAACACGACCAUAUCCAACUUCAAGAUCCCACCAGCCAGCAUGUCGAGCUUCGACAUCCUCAGCGUCGCCCUCUUCAUCUUCCUGUACAGGCGGGUACUGGACCCUCUGGUCGCGAGGAUCAAAGGAACGGACGCCAAGGGGCUCACCGAGCUGCAGAGGAUGGGGGUCGGGCUCGUGAUCGCCGUACUCGCGAUGGUCUGCGCAGGGACCGUGGAGUGCUACAGGCUCGAGCACGCACGGAAGGAUUGCACGCACUGUGAAGGGUCGAGCUCCUUGAGCAUAAUGUGGCAGAUACCGCAGUAUGCGCUGAUAGGAGCCUCCGAGGUGUUCAUGUACGUCGGGCAGUUGGAGUUCUUCAAUGCUCAGGCACCCGACGGGCUGAAGAGCUUCGGCAGCGCGCUGUGCAUGACCUCGAUCUCGCUCGGGAACUACGUGAGCAGCCUGCUGGUGACGAUGGUGAUGAAGAUCUCGACCGUGGAUCACAUGCCAGGGUGGAUCCCGUCGAAUCUGAACAGAGGUCACCUGGACAGGUUCUACUUCCUGCUGGCUGCCCUGACGUCCCUCGACUUGGUUGUGUACAUUGCUUGUGCCAAGUGGUACAAGAACAUCAAGCUCGAAGGGAAGAACAACAGCAACUCGGCGGAGGAAGACGAAGAUGACGAUGAUGAUGAGUAUAGUGAUGAUGAUAACCACAAGUGUGGAGUCUAAAGCUAUGUAACUUGGUCUGUGUUAACAAGUUGAAGCAUUUUAGCAAGCAAUAUACAUAUGAAUAAAUAGAGAGUGGAAUGGGUUUCUGUUGCUUUUGUAGAAAGAGGGGAAUGUGCUGAUCUUAUGUAAAGCUAGGGAUUGGGAAAUGAGGGAGGUUUUCAAUGAGGGCAGCUGUAACUUUUUUCAGCUACCCUCAUUCUAAAUCUAAGCCUGGAAAUGAACUGUAUGAUUACCUACAGAGUACUAUCUUC